GCCGUCCCCCCGAAUUACUCGCCCCCACCCCCAAAUUCGUCAUGCCCGUCCCCGGAAACCCUAGCCACUGAUCUCGCCGGAGAUGAUCCCGUCGGCGGGACGGCAUCCUCGCCGGAUUCGGCCCCUCGCCGCCGCCUCCCUGGUACUGUUCCUCUUCCUCCUGUACUACGGCCGCUCCGAUAGGAGCUUGCCGCGGUCUCCACGGCUGCUGGGCUCCAAUUCGCGCCCGGUGUUCCGUAGAUUCCUCUUCGAUGCCGAUCCUAUCAGCUCCGCGUCCAGAGGCGCGAACCUGUCGGAGGUCGCGAAGCAGAGCGGCGAGCCGCCGGAGGAUCCCUCCGUGGCGUGCGCCGGGAUAGCGCGGCACGAGGGGUUCGGUUCCCAGUGCGAGUUCCUCCGGGCGCACCCGCAGUGUAGCUCCGGCGGGUUCGUGGACUACUUGGGCUUCUUCUACUGCCGUUGCGAGAGGUUCAGGGCGCUCGGCUAUGCGGUGCUUGGCGUGUGCCUGGCCGCUCUGUUCUAUAUGCUUGGGAACACGGCUGCGGACUACUUCUGCUGCAGCCUUGAGAAGAUGUCCGCGCUGCUACGGCUCCCACCGACUGUUGCCGGAGUGACGUUGCUCCCCUUUGGAAAUGGUGCACCUGAUGUGUUUGCGAGUAUUGCUGCGUUUAUGGGGAGCGGCGCUGGGGAUGUUGGGCUGAACAGUGUGUUGGGUGGAGCGGUCUUUGUGACGUGUGUUGUGGUGGGAGCUGUGUCAUUGUGCGUGGCGGAGAAGAAUGUGCAGAUUGAUAGAAGAUGCUUUGUGAGGGAUGUUGGUUUCUUUCUGAUGACUCUAGUAGUGCUGUCAAUUAUUUUGAUUGUUGGGAAGGUGACCGUUUGGGGAGCAAUCAUGUUUGUUUCGAUUUAUGUGGUUUAUGCAUUUGUGGUGGCUGCAAAUGAGGUCUUGAGGAAGCAUGCACGGAGGCUUAAGUUCGAUGUGGUCACACCAUUGCUGCCUGUGAGAGGGAGUAUCUUCGCACAAGGAACAGAAGACGAUGAGUCUGUGUACAGUUCACUUCUUGAGGAGGAAUCAGAUGGUGAGGUGGCUCGAAUAAACACAUCCCUACCUCAGUGGAUGUGGGCUUCUCAUGUGGCCAUUUACUCAAAUCAUGGGAUCAGAGGUGGUUCACCUGAUAGUUCCAGGCCACUAUGGGGUUGGAGUGAUGAAGAAGUGGAUAAUACCUCAAUCAGCUUCUCCAAGCUGUUUUUAUUUUUGGAGCUCCCCUUGACAAUACCAAGAAGGUUGACAAUUCCAAUAGUUGAGGAAGACCGGUGGUCAAAAGAAUUUGCUGUUGCUAGUGCUGGCUUAGCGCCUGUUCUUCUGGCAUUUCUUUGGAGCAGUCAGGAUGGGGUAUCCACCAAAGCUCUUAUAGUAGCAUAUGUUAUAGCUGGUAUUUUGGGAAUUGCACUUGCUUCUCUUGCUUUCAUGUUCACUAGCCAUGAACAACCUCCACGGAGAUUUUUAUUCCCAUGGGUGUUGGGAGGGUUUGUGAUGAGCAUUAUCUGGUUCUACAUCAUUGCCAAUGAAUUAGUUGCACUUUUGGUCGCUUUUGGUGUGAUAUUGGGGAUUAAUCCUUCAAUUCUUGGGUUAACUGUGUUGGCAUGGGGUAAUUCGAUGGGUGACUUAAUGUCAAAUGUUGCCUUGGCGAUGAAUGGAGGAGACGGUGUGCAGAUCGCCAUGUCUGGAUGUUAUGCAGGACCAAUGUUCAAUACACUUGCUGGAUUGGGAAUAUCAAUGCUGCUUGGAGCUUGGUCAACAGCACCCAAUUCUUAUGUGCUUCCUCAAGACCCCUCUCUCAUUUACACAAUGAGUUUCCUCAUUGGUGGAUUGAUUUGGGCUCUUGUUAUGCUGCCUCGAAGUGGCAUGCAGCCUAACAAGAUACUUGGAGUUGGUCUCAUUGCUCUUUACUCAGUUUUUCUUUUUAUUAGGGUGAGCAAUGCCAUGGGGAUAUUACCACUUCCUGGCUUGAGUUAGUUGCUCCUGUUGUAAAAAUGAGAUGCUGAUCCACAUAAAACUGCAUGUUCAUGUCUGUCAUUUAUACAAAUGAAAAUAUAAAAUGGAGUUACACGUUUUCUGUUC